AUGGAGCCGCCGCCGCGCCCCCCGACGCCGCGGACGCUGUGCCUCCCUGUCAGUCCGGGCUCGCUGGUCCGGAGGAUCCUGAUCGCCUUUGUCGGGUCUUCAGGGAGGGCGCCGGUGCGCCGGGCGGGCAGGGCUCACCGGCCGGCGUCUGUUCCUGCAGGACCCUGGGUGGACCUGCUGAAGUUGAACAAUGGACCGCACCCUGGCCGUCUUCCAGAUGUGUGCCUGGCAGAGGUUGGCGAGCAGCGAGCCGCCAGGACUCUGCGGCCGGAUUCUCUGCUCACGUCGAGCGUCGCUCGAGACCCUAAGUCAGAGCCGGGCGAAGCCCCUGCCGUGGCCGUCUCCGUUCCUCCGCGAGUCCUGGGACUCGGGCCGGCCCCGGCCACUCUGCCCCGACCGGGCGGGCUUGGGAGGCGAGGGCCGCAGUUGAGUACUCAUGACGGCCCCCUUUGUGCCACCUUCCCGCGCGGCUCCUACACUGUUUCGCCCUUCUUUCUAGAACUCAGCCUCCAGCCCUGCCACCUGCAACCAGACCUGGCGAUUCAAAGAUCUCAUCUUGGAGAUGUUUUUCCUGCUCCUGGAGCAGUUUUGGUGCAGUUCAGAAUGGCCAGGACCAUGGCUUCAGCAGCCUGACCUGGUGGACAAAGAGAAGCAAGACAAUGGCAAACCUGCAUUCAGCCUCAGUAAGUCACGGGAGCCCUUUCCAUGGCCAGGUCCUGGUCACCUACUGCUAUCUGUAUUUUGCCUUCACUCCCAUCUUGUUAAUCCUCUUUGAUUUUCUUUCUCUAAACAGUCUGCUCCUUUCCUUCCCUGCCUGAUCAGCCAGAUGGCCUAAGCUUCUACAUUUGUCCCUGGCUUCUCCAUGGAACUCAGCCUACAGCCACAAA